AUGCCGCCGGCAGACCCUCUGAUGAAGGCCCUGAUGGAGGUCAAGAUGCUCGCCUCCCGCUCCCGCAAGGAAGCCGAAAAGGCCAACAAAACCCGCCUUGCCGAAGAAAACAAAGCCUCCCGCGCCAUGAAAAACCGCGAAUUCCAAAUCGCCCAGAUCCACUCCCAGUCCGCCGUGCGCGAGCACCACCGCUACGUCUCCCUGCGCGCCGAAGCCGCGGAGGCAGAGGUCCUCGUCAACGAUCUCAAAGCCGCCUAUAGUACGCGCGAGCGCGCCCGAUCGCUCGCCUACGCUUCCAAGGCGCUCGAGGGCGCCUCGCGGACCAUCAACCUGGAACGCGUGCUGGUGACGGCCAACUCGUUCCUGGAGCGGAGCCAGGAUUUCAAGAUUGCGAGCUCGGCCAUCAGGGAUGUGUCGCAGGGGGUGCAGGAGCAGAGUUUGGGUGGGGAGGGGAAGGAGGAGGUGGAGAGGUUGAUGCAGAAGUUGGCGGAUGAGGCCGGGGUGGAUAUGCGGGAGCAUCUGGAGGCGAAUGCGGCGCCGGAGGGGGAGGUCGGGGUGCGCGAGGGCUCGGGCAAACAGAAGGAGGAAGAGGAUGGGUUGGAUGCAAGGUUGCGGGCGUUGCGGGCGUGA